GGCGGGCGCCGGACCCCCAGGUGGAGCGACAGGUCUCGGGCCCUCAGGCGGAGCGGCGGGCGCCGGACCCCCAGGCGGAGCGACAGGUCUCGGGCCCUCAGGCGGAGCGGCGGGCGCCGGACCCCCAGGAGGAGCGACAGGUCUCGGGCCCUCAGGCGGAGCGGCGGGCGCCGGACCCCCAGGCGGAGCGGCGGGCACCGAGACACCAGGCACGAUCUGGCAAGGAGAGUGGGCUCCGAGUCAACUGGUAUGACCGCAGGCACUGGGUCAGACAUUGGAUGGUCUGGCUGGACAGCGGGCAUCGGGUCACCAGGCAUCAGGUCAUUUGGCUCGACAGCGGGCACCGCGUCAUCUGGCAAGGCAGUGGGCUCCGAGUCAACUGGUAUGACCGCGGGCACUGGGUCAGACAUUGGAUCGUCUGACCGGACAGCGGGCAUCGGGUCACCAGGCAUCAAGUCAUUUGGCUCGACAGCGAGCACCGCGUCAUCUGGCAAGGCAGUGGGCUCCGAGUCA